CUCGGUGGUUUGUUUUGGUAGCUGCUGCAUUUGUUAGCAUUGUAAACAGUAAAGAGACGCGUCUUAAUGCAAGAGAUCCUCAUGAACCACGAACCAGAGGAAUGAAGACAUGAAGCUGGCCUGUACAAAAGCACGCUGACCGCUCUCCAGGCCGCCUGCCUUCUCGCAAACAAACACACAGUAAUGCCCUGUCUGUAAGGAUGGGCGGCAGCGGGUCCAAGUCUAAGGGUGUCUGGCCUUUCUCCGGGUCAGGUGCCGGAGUGGAUGGAGGCGGCGAGGGGAACGAGCAGUCCCUGGCCCGACUCAGAGGUUCCAAAAACGCCACACCAUUUGUCUUCACCAGGAGGAGUUCCCUGUAUUAUGACGAGGACGGUGACCUGGCCCACGAGUUCUACGAGGAGACAGUGGUGACGAAAAACGGCCGGAAGAAGGCCAAGCUGAAGAGGAUACAGAGGAACCUCAUACCUCAGGGCAUUGUUAAGCUGGACCAUCCUCGAAUCCACGUUGAUUUUCCCGUCAUAAUUUGCGAGAUUUAGAUCACUCACACCCAGUGCACCCUGGGAGAUGUCACUUGAUGCCACCCCCACCCCCACCCCACCCCAAAACGACCCCGGUUGCGACUGCCCUCUGUUAUCCCUUUCACAUCCUCGCAGCCGACUCCAGACAUCGUGAUCACCUGUAGUAGUCUCCAGAGAGGAUGUACUGCAGCGCCCCGUGUGGCCGGGAGGACUAAAUGUGCUUUAGGAGGCUUUGCUGAAAGGCUGCCCCCCCCCCCCAUGCUGAAAAAACAGAAACACAAAGUGGAUCAACUGAUUUAUGCUUCAGUGUAAAACUAUAGAUAUUAGAUUAAAGUUCUCUUGCCUGUGAUGUACAGAGACACAUGCGUGUGUGCGUGUGUGUGUGUUUGAAAGGAAGAGAGAAGAGAUUGCCUGUCUGUCUCAGUAUGUGUGUGUGUGUGUGUUAUGCAGCUUGCCCAUGUUUUUGGAUUACAUGAAGGUGUGUGUGUGUGUGUGUGUGUGUGUGUGCGCACGUGUGUUUGAGUGGAGCCCAAAUAUGCACUAGUGACACUGUAUUUUCAUGUAAGUAAUCAGAGUU